AUGACAGCUACUACGGAGCCGCAGCCACUGUCCUCCCUCGAGGCCUAUAAUAUUACGGCUCUGGAUUGUGUCAAUUUACCUAUCCACGUUCCUGUUGCCUUCGUCUUCACCCCUGUCGGUAUCCCAGCAGCAGUUGAGGCACUCGAACGCGGCAUCUCCCGUCUAGUCGCACAACUCCCGUUCCUAGCUGGUAAUGUUAUCCUCAAUCCGGGAAACGGGGGUGUCGUGAGGCCGCCUAGCGACAAAUAUCUAGAAGGAAGUCCUAUUGUCUGCACACAGGUUCAUCCGAAGAGCAUUUCCGUUCUCCACGAGCCUAAUUUUGGUUUCAAUGACGGCAUCUCCUGCGACUAUUUCCUCCCAGUCCCGAUAUCGCUGCAGACCCAGGAUAGAAGCCCUGUUAUUCGAUUCCGCAUCAAUGUUAUGACUGACGGGCUGAUCCUCUGUGUCUCGUUCCAUCAUGCCGCCAUGGACGGGUUAGGGGUGAUGAACGUGAUACGGAUGGUAGGAUUGUGCUGCGCGAGUCACAACAUGCCCCGUCUACCCGUUUCCUGUCUCACCGAGGCCACUGUCCGAAGCCGGGUGUUGAAUAUCACCACCAGUGGAUCUUUCAUGAGCAUGGAAGGCUACGGUCCGCAUCACUGGUCGCACUUGCGUCUCACCAGCUGCGAGCUUCGGUUUCCGGCCAAAAGGGUCCAUCAGCUAGGAAAACUAUGCAAUGAUAUCCUCAAUAAGUUAGUACUGGAGAAGCAAGCGAGUAAUAAGGAUGCGCGAAAGAUGAAUGAGCUCUCAACUAGCGACGUGUUCUCCGCGCUGCUGUGGCUUUGUGGGACACGCGCUCGGUCCGGAGUCCGCUCGCAAUCAACAUCAUCGGGUGCCUCUGCCGCAGAUACCACUCGUCUCUCGUUGGCAGUCAACAUCCGUGGAAUCAUCAAACCACCCAUCCCAUUAAGCUAUCUCGGAAACGCAAUGGUCGUGGCAUCCGACACUCACGCGCGACAGGAGAUGAAAGCCCCCAGGACCACCACCGCCACCGCCAUUGACCAUGAUGAGCUGCGAUUACUCACUGAUCUCGCAUCCAAGAUCCGACACAUCAUCCAGGGCGUUGACCACGAGUACGUCUGCCAAGUGAUGAAGCACAUCAAACAGAGCCAGGACCGCCAAGACGCAUCGUUCUACUUCCCGGAGACGUUCGUGACGAAUAUGCGACUACUGAAUCUGCAUCGGUGGGAGUUUGGCCCGGAGCUGGGUAAGGUAGUGAACUUUGAUCAUCUCGACACGAGGAUCAAUGGGCUUUGUUCGAUACUGCCGCGAUGUCAAGGGAAAUUUGAAGAUCCACCGUGGAAGGUUCGGGUGGUCUUGGAACCGGAGGCGAUGCAGCGGCUGCGAGAGGAUGGGUUAAUUCGAUGGGCGGCGAAGGAAGGUAUGCCCGGUAAACUGUAG